UAGGAAUUGUAUUAAUCAGACGCAUAGUCCCAGUUACUUCUAACCGAAAAUCUUCUGAAAAGUUAGAACUAAAAUGGCAACGUGUCACAUAUCCAGUAAAAGUAGGGCAAUAUUCGCCGGUAUAUUUUCUUUGAUACAAGCUCUGAUAUGGUGUGCCAUAGCAAUUCUUGGUAUUCUACUUUAUACUUGCAAAAUAUCGGUAACAGAGAGCAGCGGAUUAACUUAUUUAUUCUACUUGGUUUACUUUUAUAGUGGUGAGUGCGGAGCAGUCGAAAUCGAGUUACAAGAAGAUGCCACAACUACGAGAAUAUUAUGGCCAACGAAUGGGACGGCAGCAGCCCUCAAAACUUAUAUGUGGAUCAUCGUAUACUUGAUGUUAUCCCUUGUCUGGGCAAUUUCAUCACUGUUGUUUCUAAUCGUUACGGUGGCGGAAACCCGUGGAGCAGAGGGAGUCAAACUGCGAGUACCUUGGCUAGUGACCACUGCUGUCUUUCUAAUAUUGGAUGUUGCUGGCACUAUUGUUUACUCUGUUGACAUUUCUUUUACAGAGGAUCUACAGCAGCUUCUGGAAUUUGUAGGACUUCAUCACAUAGAUGAUACAUUGGGCGCUUAUAAUUCUUCUUCUAUUUUUGGAUCAAUUACAAUGGGUCCCUCGAUAAUCGCAACAUUAAUUUUCUCACGUUUAAUCAUAAUCUGGGUUUUGAAUCUCACAUUACUUAUUCACAUCGCUCACGAUGUUAGACAAACAGAGAAAAAGAAAGCUCUUGAGCCACGACAACCUAGGGAACCCUAUAAGGAGUACCUCAAAAAGUUGUCAACAGUGGGUCCAAUUCCUGAUGUCAAAUGGGAACCUUAUCAAAGAAAACGGUCUGAAGUGCCUAUUGUAAAACCCCUUUCAAAGCCCUCACCACCCAAUGAGAGGAAGAGAAAACAAUCGGAUUAUGGACAAUAUUUAUAUUAUGCAAGACAUUUGCCCCAAGCUAGACUAUAUGAUAUACAGUCAGAAACACCACCAACUGCCAAAUCUGAGAUAACGGAUCCAUUCGCUGCGUCAAUGGUCGACCCACACAUUCCAACUGUUGAUUAUGUUGUGUCUGAAUCUUUGAAAAAAGAAAUACCACCCGGUUCAGAUGUGAUUAAAGAAAACCUUCAAAUGUCUAAGAAUCCAUCUAGAGGAGGAGACGAUUUGAAUUUGCUGUAUUAAAAGUAAGCAAAUUUCCAAUAAUUUUAUAUCAUUUGAACUACUGUCUACUAAUCACUUGUAGAGACUUGUAUAGUCCAAACAAAUGAUUUCUUUGUCUCUAAGUUGUUAAGUGCUCUAAAGCACUCUUACUAAAUAUGGCUGUACUCCAAAAUCCACUGUACAUACUGGAAUGUUUUUUUAUGAAUAAAACAAGCUGAAAGAAAGCUAAGGAUAAAUAAAUAAUCAAUUAGGCUUCAAUAUAGAAACUGGGACUGAUGACAAUAUUGAGGUAAGACAGUUGCAAUGUCUCCACUCAUGUAGUUCAACAGUUGUCUUUAGUGAAUGAUUCACCCCUAUUUUUAUUAUAGCUAAUUUGAGUCAUAAAAAUCAUUGAAUAUGUCUUCACAAUAUAGCAUUUAAUGAAGUUAACCAAAAGCGUGGCUAGCUCUCUUUAACUUGUAUACUUCACUGAUAACUGUUACCUGCUUGUUUUAUUAUUAAAAGCUUUAAAGAUCACUGACAUUACUAAUUAACUUUAUUGUCAUAAAAAUAAAGAAUUCAAAUGGUAUACAAACGCUUUGUCCACACUUAGGGGACACUAAUAUUUUUAAGCUGUAUAAUCAUUGUUGUAUUGCAAAGUUAACAAACAGUAUAGAUUUCACCAUCCAAAUACUUUAUCUUUACAGCUGAAUAAUUUAUAAUAGCAAUGUCAUACUAUACUAAUUGUAAGUCUUACGUUAUGCCAGUACAAAUCUCAAUAUACAUAUAUAUUCAAUGCAUGUUCAAUUGUAUUGUAUUUUCAAUACAACAUUUCAGGAGAAUAAACAUUUGAGAAGGUUCAUUUGAAUGGUGUGGUACAUUUGAGUUUCUUACCAUUAGUAGAAAUCGCGGGUACCUGAAGUAAUUAGUGAUUUUUUUAAUUACUCUCGAGUAUAUGCACUAAAUUUUAUAACACUGUUAUAACGAGGUAUGGAGUAGUGUUGAGAAAAGCUUAUCUAACUUUUUUCAUAUCUUCAGCAGAAUCUUUAUGCCGUCAAUUGGCCAAUCCAUAAUAAACGCUGAACUCAGUAAUUAGCUUGACAGUUAGUUUGCCUUUUCUACAAAGUCCCUUCACACUCUUCUUCAAUUUCCAUAGCCGCGCACCCAUUCGUUUUUAGAUGUGUCUAGAUGUGUCCAACACAUUAUUUUUUUCGGGAUGGUUACAUCCAUAGAGACUAGAGUAGAGGAGUCCCAUCUCUAAUAGGAGAAUUAUAGUAACUAUAAUAAUUUCCCUUCAUUGACUAUAAUAAUUAGAGUAACUAUAAUAAUUAUAGUCAAUGAAGGGAUUAUAGAGCUGCAUAUGCCUGCGAAAUUCGGGGGCUGUAGCUAAAACCGUUUUCGAGUUAUACACGUUUGAAUUUUGGGAGGCCAUUACACACACACACAACAUCCGGACAUUUUCUCCAAACGUGUCUUCUUGACGUUUUGGCACAAUCUGAACAUGGUGACAUGAAAAUCUCGACAGGACAAUUUUCCACCUUCACAUAGCUUCCUCUAUGAGAAAGCAAAAUGUCCCA